AUGAAGUUCCUCGUCGCUAUAUUCUUACUCUCUAUUGCUGGGCAAACCCUUUCUUUGCCAGUCAAUGGCCAACAUAAACCAAACGCUGUUGUCGUGAGACAAGCCAAAAGUUCAAAUCCACCAAAAGCAGCUGCUACAGGCGGUGCUACAAAGGGCAACGGAGGAGGUGGAGCAGGCACUGGAACUGGCGCUGCAGCACCAAAGGGAUCGACUGCACCAAAAUCCACACCCGCACCUUCUAAUAAUGGUGGAGAAGCCGCUGGCGGUAAAGAACCUGCCGGUAAAGAACCUGGCGCUAAAGAACCUGGUGGAGCUGGAACUGGAGCUGGAACUGGAGCUGGAACUGGAGCUGGAACUGGAGCUGGAAAUGCCACAGGUGGUACCGGUGGAGCCAUGCCUUCUGCUGCAGAUGUCGAGCAAGCCGCCACGAACUUCGCUAAAGAUGCCAACACUGUUUCUGCAUGUUUUAACCAACUAGCCAUCGAGACCGAUCCGGUAACCAUUAAGUCCCUUGCCCAGAGAGCCUUCGACGCCGAGACUGAUGAGGACGCUCAACGGGCAGUUCUCUCCGCUGGUGCAGGAAGUGCAGGUACCUCCAGCAACAAUAAGAUCGUAACUUCUACACCAACUGUUCUGGACGGCUUGAAAAGAAUUGUGAACGACCCGACCCCGGAAGUUGCCAGAUCACAAGUUGGGGUUAUGGCAACAGAGAGGUAAGCUUUUUUCAAUGUUGACGUGCAAAUUCAUCCGCUAAGUCAGGUUUAGAAACUCACAAAUUCUUCCAUCGAUCACUCAACUGUCCAAUGCUGCUUUGGUCAAUACAAAGUCUCAACAAAGACAGCAAGAUUUUGUGCCUACAGUACAGGCAUAG